GUCCUCUACACUUAUACUACUACCGACCACACUGCCACUAAACUCUCGUUGCUACAGCCAUGUCGCCGCAAGAUAGACUCCCCGGCCAGGUACAGGUUAAGAAAGGCUCGGACAUCAAGGCGCCAGAUGGGCCACAGACAGAUGGGAUGAUCAGGAUGUCGGCCAUUACAGACAUGUCGGAUCAGAUCUGCGGCACUGUGAUGAUUGCAAAACCUCGCACAGCAUCAGCUGUUCAUCACCACGGUGAAGAGGAUACGAUUGUAUACGCAGCGAAGGGCCAUGGCACUAUCGUCAGUGGACCGAAUGGCGAAAAGAAACAGGACCUUGCCCCUGGCGACUUCGCGCUUAUCCCUGCCUACGCAGAGCAUCAAGAGGUCAACGAUAGUGACGAAGAUGUUGUCUGGAUUAUAACAAGGGGAGGUCGAAACCCGAUUGUCCAUAACCUGAAAGGGUGGAGCAAGAGCCAUGAGAUUUUGCCAGAGCAGGGAGCUUUUUAGCAAUCUGAACAUUGUGCUAAGCUGCGCGAAUGUAUCGACUACACAGCAUCUGGCGAAUUUCCUCCGCGUAACAUCAUGCAGU